AUGGCUCUUCGCGCGCCCGCUGUCUCCAACGCGCUCUUCGCUACCACUGCCAUGUUUCCGACAAUGGCGACUGUAUCGAGGACUUUCUGGAAAGGCCUUGGGCAAACGCUUGCAGCCAACGGCACGAGGCAGUUGCACACGGCGCCAGCCUCCGCAUCGGCACAGUCAUCAUUUGUAGCCCCACGCAACGUCCUCGGUCUUCGUCAACCCUUUGCUAAGAUGACACCCCUCGGAUCUCUCAUGGCACGAUCAUACUCGACCAUGUCUCGCAACGGCCCUCUCUCGCAACUUCGUCAGCUCCCCAAGCCAGGAAUGGUGGGACUGAACUUGGUGCAACAACGCUCGCUAUUCGGUGGACCAUCAAACGCGCAGCUCGCUCGUCUGGAGGAGGCUGCUAACAACAACCCCCACAGCGCAAGCUCCCAGGCCUCUUUCUACUCUGCGCUUAUGCGCGCCAACAUGCCCAAGAUUGUCGUCGAACGCUAUGAUACUGGAAAAUUCGCCACAAACUCCGUCGUGGACAAAUUCUACGAAAACGCUAUCAACAAGCUCGCGCAGUCGGAAGGCCAGGGCCUGUCCUCGGACAAGGUCAAGGCAGUCAGCCAGGCUGUUGGCACCCACCUCAAUGCAGGCCAGGUUGGAAAGCAAAAGGGAGGCUCCGGUCUCAAGAGCGACCCCGUCUAUGUCGUUGUUGAAGAAUCACUAAUGGGCUCCAUCUUCAAGUGGGUCCGCUGGAUCGCUAGUUUCGGGUUGGCUGUAUACGUCUCUCUGGUCCUCAUCACCCUCUUUGUUGAGUCGAGUGGUGUGCUCAAGAAGGUCGGCGGCGCGACCAGCGCUGAGGUCCGACCUGAACACCAGAACACCCGCUUCAGCGACGUCCACGGCUGCGAUGAGGCAAAGGAAGAACUCCUAGACAUCGUCGAUUUCCUCAAGCACCCCGAACGAUACAACAAGCUUGGUGGCCGUCUCCCCAAGGGUGUUCUUCUCAUCGGCCCUCCUGGUACCGGAAAGACGCUGCUCGCUCGUGCCGUUGCUGGAGAAGCCGGUGUUCCGUUCUUCUACAUGUCAGGUUCUGAAUUCGAUGAGGUCUACGUCGGUGUAGGAGCUAAGCGUGUGCGCGAACUCUUUCAACAGGCUCGUACCAAAGCACCUGCUAUCGUUUUCAUCGACGAACUGGAUGCUAUAGGCGGAAAGCGAAAGUCGCGUGAUGCCAACUACCACCGCCAAACCCUCAACCAGCUGCUGAACGACCUGGAUGGAUUCGACCAAAGCACCGGCGUCAUCUUCAUUGCCGCCACUAAUCACCCGGAACUACUCGACCAAGCCCUUACUCGCCCCGGACGUUUCGAUCGCCAUGUCCAGGUCGAGCUCCCCGACGUCGGCGGACGUCUAGCCAUUCUGAAGUACCACACCAAGAAGAUUCGCCUCAACCCUGAAAUCGAUCUGACGAGCAUUGCUCGUGGUACUCCUGGCUUCUCUGGUGCCGAAUUGGAGAACCUGGCCAACUCGGCUGCUAUCCGCGCUUCUAAGCUGCAAGCAAAGUUUGUCUCGCUCACUGACCUCGAGUGGGCCAAGGACAAAAUCAUGAUGGGCGCUGAGAAGAAGACGCGCGCAGUACCUCUCCAAGAUAAGAUUCACACCGCCUACCACGAGGGUGGUCACACUCUUGUCGGUCUCCACACCAAAGGCUUCAACGAUGUUCACAAGGCAACCAUUCUUCCACGAGGCCAUGCCGCUGGUAUCACUUUCUUCCUUCCCCAUGAAGAGCAUCACCAUACACGCAAACAGUACAUUCGUCAACUGCAAGUGAUGAUGGGUGGCAAGAUGGCGGAGGAGAUCGUCUUCGGCGCCGAAAAUGUGGCCGAUGGAGCAUCCGGAGAUAUUCAGCAAGCCACUCAAAUGGCAUACACCAUGGUCACUGCCUGCGGUUUCUCAGACGUGCUCGGCAAUGUCGACUUCAAGUCAAAUUACGAGAUGGUAUCGCCAGAGACCAAGCGCCUCAUCGACAACGAGGUACGGCGGUUGAUCGACGAAGCCAAGGCGAGCGCAAGGGAUCUGUUGAAGUCAAAGCGACCUGAGCUUGAUCUUUUGGCAAAUGCCCUCGUCCAGUACGAGACGCUCGAUAAGGAAGAGAUCAUGAAGGUCAUCAAGGGCGAGAAGCUACCAAACCGGUUAGAAGCAAUGCCCGACGCGCCCAUCAAGAUUCCAGACAACCCGAUUGUCGAUCUCCUACCCCCUGAUCAGGGCGGUAAGGGUGGUUCAGACUCGUCCGGACCUGGUGUACAUGUAUGAGCCCUCACGUAAGGCCGGAUGUUUGGAACUUGGUAGCGUGCAUCUUCAGGCGAAAAGUGGCGUCUCUUCCCUCUAGCUCCUCAAGCGUGGAGCGUUUCGGUCGUUCAAUGGGGCACAUUUCCCCCAUUUGUACUGUACAUUAUUUGGUAUAAAUAGCGCUAGCGAAAAGAAUGCGGUCUUUCGUGAUGAGGCGUAGCAUUGGGUGUGGGGAUGUGGAGAGGAGAAGUAAAGAUGUAGCUAGAAUGAAUGAGAAGAUCUACACCA